AUGUAUCUUAUAGUUUUUGUACGGACUGGUGUCCUCAACUUUAGUAGUGACUGUCACAGCUUUCCAGCUUUUAUUAUCUAUCUAUCUAUCUUCAGUUCAUUAUCUAUCUAUCUAUAUAUAGAGAUUUAUGCCAUCGAAGAUUCCUUUUCACCUGCCACUUUGCAUUUAAAUGCUACCUUCGAAGGUUCAAUCUCCCGCCAUGUUUUCUUUUCCCGCCCUUUUCGAUUUAUUGUCGUUUUUCUUCGUUAUGACUAUACUAAUGUUUUUCUUUCUUUUUUUCUUUCUUUCUUUCUUUCUUUUGUUUGUUCUUAUUUCCUCUCUUUCUUUUGUUGCGCCACUUUAGUCUUUUUCAACAUCUUUCUUUCAAAUCCCCUCUUUCUUUCUUUCUUUCUUUCUUUCUUUUUCACCCUUGUACUUAUUUAUUUUCGUUCCCUACCCUAUCUCUGCGCCGUCUCCCCCCACUCUGUUCCCUCAAUGUUUCCCGCCUUAUGGUGUAUGAUUAAAAAUAUCUAUCUAUCUAUCUAUCUAUCUAUCUAUCUAUCUAUCUAUCUGUCUCAGUUUGUUCAUAUCUAUCUAUCUAUCUAUCUAUCUAUCUAUCUAUCUAUCUAUCUAUCGCAGUCUGUUCAUAUCUAUCUAUCUAUCUAUCUAUCUAUCUAUCUAUCUAUCUAUCUAUCUAUCUGUCUGUCUCAGUCUGUUCAUAUCUAUCUAUCUAUCUAUCUAUCUAUCUAUCUAUCUAUCUACAUUGAUCCAUAA